UUUUGCUAUUUGUUUUUGACGUGUAACCUACCGCUAUCCAUUUAUUUACGAAACUUUAUUAAUUUUCUCGAUCUCAUUUCUAAAACAAUUCUUCGUAAUGUCGAGCGGUCAAUGGGAAGUUGUUGGUAAGAAUAAAAAAUCACAGAAUGGAAAAAUGAAAAACAAUAAUGAUGAUAAAAAGCCGGCCAAAAAUGGGCCGAAACUGGAAGAUUUAGUUCCGGCAUCGCAAAUAAAAUCGUUUUAUUCGGGAAUGGAAAUCGAUGAUACAAAAAAGGCGCCUAAAGAUAAGAAAAAAGAGGGUGAAAAGAAAGGGAAAAAGGAUAAGAAAGAACCCGCAAAGCCUAAACCACCAAAAACAAUUGAUGAAGCUUUAGAAGCGAUUGAUGCAACUGAACUAGCCAAUCUAAUAGCAACAAAUAAAGUGAGAUUUUCGAAUGCACCAUUAGUUUGGUUGAAAGAGCUUGCAAGCUUCCUCAAUUCUAAGAUUCCCAUAGACGUGGAUGAUCCCACCUUUUCCCACCAACCCCCUACAUAUCCUGUGAAUGUGUUACCGAUCGACAUAAAAGCGACACUUGACAAUGUCCUACGGGACGCCGGAAAGGCAAACACUCAGUUAUUCUUUGAUGUCACACUUACAGCGCUUGCUAAUGACAUGAGUAGAGGUCAGUCUGUGAACGGUCACAGAUUGCUUCUCCAGAUGUUAGCUCUAGAGAACCCUGAAUUCUGUGUGACAUCUCUACCAAAGAGUGUAAGCCUCAGGAACUCUUAUCAGAAUCGCCCACCAAUUGGUCUUUCGUUACUUUGGGCUUUGGGCCAGGGUGGCUACAAUAAUUUUUCAGUGGGAAUGAAAGCCUGGCAAGAAAUAUUCCUCCCUAUAGUCGAACUGAAAAAUUACUCAAAGUACAUAAUUGGCUAUCUAUCGAAGCAUCUAGACAGGCACGCAAGGAUGGAUAACACGAAAGUCAGUCAGGACCAGCUUUUGGCGAUGUUCGACACGAUCAAUGGCAAGAAGAAUAGUAUGUCCAAGGAACUGUCAAGUGACCUUAUCAAACAAUUAGUUAAAUAUAAGGAUAUAUACUUCAGUAAAAGCGGCAACAAACUGCAAGUGACAUUCAACCAGCUGAUGAAGAAGUUGCCAAACCAAUACCUCAGUGGUCCCACAUUAGAUCCAUAUAAUAAAGUUAUUAUUGAGAGUCUCGUGGACUGUCUGGCUAUGGACGACUCCUGCAAUGCCACCUGGAGACAGCUGUUCAACAGAUGCAGUAAGCAAAGUGCCACGUUGAUUGAAUAUAUCGACACCAACUGGGAAGAAGUUAGCCGAAGACUGAAGAAAAAGUCUUUGAAAAUUACAAUUACUCAGUUCAAGGAAGUGUGCGGGGAGACCUUGAAGGGUAAGAAGAAGGAUGAAACUGUUGCAAAGGCGAAUAAAAUCUGCCAGGAUAUUCUAGACAGAAUGACGAGCACUAGAAGGUUCCCUUGGCUGUGGGCGAGCUUCUUCCUGCUGGUAGGCAUUGCUGGCAUCAUCUCGUAUGAUGUGUCUAGAGUUGGCGGCAACUUCCCAAAAAGCACAACUGGGCAAUUAUUAAACGACCUCGGCCUAUUGGAACAAAGUCAAAGGGCGUGGCAGAAAUCAUUGUCCAGUUCGGCGAGGGGCUACCUCUGGUUGGAAACCAAUGUUCCUAUCUACUACGGCCAAGUGGUAGAAUUCUCCAAACCGUACUCACAACUAUCGAAGGACCUAUUCACUAUAGCUGUGAAGAAAACCGGAGUUCUCUAUGUCAACAUUAAGGACUAUGUAGCAGAGAAAACUCCAAUUGUGAUAGCGACCAUCGACCAAUACGCACCAGGUGUCAUAGAAACAAUACAAGUUAAUACGGCCAAUGGAUUUUCCGCCGUGAAGAAAUAUUCAAAUGAUUAUUACCAAGCUGCCGGUGAAUAUCUGUCGACGAAAGUUUUUGUAGGCGAGUGGGCCCCGGAGAUCCUGCAGAACAAGACGCAGCUAGCGCUGAAUGCGACGCGGUCGCACGUCAACAACUACUUGCACUGGUUCAGGCAACAGGUGCACAUCUACUCGAAGAUUCCCUGAAGAAUUGCCGUCUCGUGAUGAAUCUCAGUGACAUUGUGAAUGUUUUGUGAAAUGCUUUAGUGCGAUUGUGUCAACCGGCGUUCAGUUUAUCAUAGUUUUAAACAGUGAGCAGUGGAAGCAAUAAGUAACAUAGAUUAUAUUAUCGGUACAAUAUGUAUGCCAUUUGGUUGAAUGUUAAGUGAAUCUAUUUUUGUUGUGAAUCUAAUGCCGAGUUUGGUAUCUGUAUCUUUUGGUGUAAACCUUGUAAUAAUGAAGUGUUGUAUUGUAUUCUUGUAUUUUGAUUUUUGUUCUAUGUAUAAUCGAAAGUAUUCUUAGUAUUCUAAUGUACAAAUGAAUUUCCGCUAAAGAUAUUAAAUUUUAAAUUAUUUUGAAGGUUGACACAAUUUUACUGUUCUAUGUUAAUGUUUUAGCCCUAUGAGUUAUGUUUCUGUGCUGAUUUCAAUUUGUGUGGUGCUGCACCACUACCUUUAUAAGGAAACGUAUUUUAAUAAAUUAUUCAUUCGGUUACAAAUUAAAAUUAUAAUGAUAUACAUGAAUAUUUUACUGGUUAUAUUAAUUUUAUGAAUCAUUCAAGUAUUUUGUUGUGAAUAUUAAAGCACCACAUUUAUUAGUUUCAUUAACCUAUUCUGAUUUGAAAUUACUCCACAUAUUGUUUUUUUUUUUCAUAUUAAUAAGUUUUUUUUAAAUAUAUACAUAUAUCUAACUUAAGCAAACUAAGGCACAAAUUGUUCUUGAUUUUUAUUAUUUAGAUGUAAAGCCACAACGAAAUUUGUUAUUUGGAAAUGUAGGUGCGGUGUCUUGCAAAACACAUUGCUGACUGUGUAUAAAAGACUUAAGAAUAAUAUUUACACCCUUAUCUAACCCUAAAAAUCUAAAUUAUACAGUGAAUAAUCCAUGACACUAAUUAGAUCGUUACAGUAUUCAAAAACAUUCCUUUUGCAUUUAAUGAAAUUUCUUUGAGAUCAUGAUUUGCAGUCAUCUGGGUAUUGUCAAAUCACAGUGUUAAGAUAGAUUAUGUUAAAUAUAGCGCUAUAAGUUUUUGUAGUGUAUUUAUUUGUGUUGAGAGUGUGUUUUAAAGUUUAAUACAGAAUCGGAAUUAAA